AUGCACGUAGUAGAACCGGAUAAAUUCCCCCUAGACGCCGCAGCAAAAUACACCCCAAAAGCCCACACUCUAGCCCAAGCAAGCACCUUCCUAAACCAACUCGGAAUCAAAAACAUGGUCAUUGUCCAACCCUCCAUCUACGGCAACGAUAACUCCUGUACCCUGGACGGAUUAAAGAAUCUCGGACCCAAACACGGCCGAGCAGUCAUCCAAUUCGAUCCCGCAGUGACCUCCAAGCAGCAACUUCAGGAAUGGCAUGAGAUGGGCGUUCGAGGCGUACGAAUUAACUUCAAAAGCGUCGGUGCGGAACCCACGGCUGCGGAAUUGGAGAGUACUUUGCGUGAGUAUGCUGAUGCGGUGCGAUCCUUUGGUUGGCCGUUGGAAUUGUACAUUGCGUUGGAGAAUGUACCGAUGCUGGAGAGUUUUGUCGAUGGUUUGGGAGUGAAGAUUAUUGUGGAUCACCUGGGCCAUCCAACCGCCAAGUCGCUCUCCGAUGCGCAGUCUGCUCAUGAUAUUGCGGGGUUCUCUUCAUUACUCAAUCUCUUAAAGCAAGGCAAUACUUGGGUAAAGAUGAGUGCGACCUAUAGACUAUCAUCAGAUCCCUCGAACAAGGUCAUUGAGUCUCUAUGUAAAGAGACCCUCCGCGCGAGACCAGACCGAAUUGUGUUCGCCACAGAUUGGCCGCAUACACGCUUUGACAACAUCGAUGUGAGCCAGUACCUGGAAAAAGUGCUAGAUUGGAUCGACGAGGAGGGAGUAAGUCCGCAUCAAGUUCUGGUGAAGAAUGCCGAGGAGCUUUUCAAUUGCGAGUGA